AGACGCGAGCGGCACGGGAUGCGCUCGCCCGAUAUCGGCGCAAAGUUCUUUCUAUAAUGUGCGAAUGAUUUGGAUCCACGUAUGGGCCAACCCCUCUUAAAGUGGACAUUUGAAGGGGAAUCUGUUGUGAGUGACCGCAGUGCAGUCUCAUCUGAUUCAACAUGACAGCAGUGGAAAGCGUCGGCUCUUUGUCCUGCUUCAAGACCUCGCCUGUGUCUUUUUGUCAUCUAGCGCUCUGAUAAUGAACAGCUGCUAGAAAACUUUUCCCACACAUCCUCUGCUCAACCAAAUUUAUGAAGCACAGAAAGGUUCAACACCAAAGGAGCACCGUUCAAGCACACAAGCCAUCUUUUUCCGUGAUGUCCUAAGAGGCUUAUGUGUAGGGAUAUUUUAUGGACGUGCGGAACAAGAUACGCAACAGGACGAGCGGCGAAACCGUCGCUGGCUAUGGGGACCAUGGUGACCUAGAAUUAGCUGUCGUUUUCUAGCAGGGCGACGUUAUUCCUGAGGGCACUGCCCUCUCAUUCCCUACCACCAGCUUGGCCAUGGCUGGAGUUAGAAAGUUGACACGAGCCCUCAGGCAUCAGGGUCUUCACCGCCUGAUCGUAGCGCUCAUUCUUUUCUGCCUGCUCUCCAUGGCCUACCUAGCUUACCAUGUCAGCGCUGGACCCAAAAUCAAGGAAGCUCCCCUGCCACUCCCAUUAGGGGACUGUGUUGCCACGUCAGUCAUCGGACAAAGAGCUGCUCUGUUUGCACCAUCCCAGGUCAGGCACUUGGGUAAGAUUGCAGAGAGCUCACGGACCGACCCAGUGGUCCUGCUGUUUGUCGAGAGCAUCUAUUCCCAACUUGGACAGGAGAUCGUCGCCAUAUUAGAGUCGAGCCGCUUUCACUACCGCACCGAAAUCGCACCCGGAAAGGGUGACAUGCCUCCCCUGACGUGGCGAGGCCGGGGACGAUUCACUCUCAUCGUCUACGAGAAUCUUCUCAAGUACGUCAACUUGGAUUCUUGGAACCGUCAGUUGCUGGAUAAGUACUGCCAGGACUAUGGAGUGGGAAUCAUUGGGUUUUACCGUGCAAAUGAAAACUCGCCAUCCAGCGCUCAACUAAGAGGCUUUCCUCUAUUCCUGCGUUCAAACCUGCCACUUUGGGACUACAGAGUCAACCCCGCCGCGCCGCUGCUCUACAUCACCAAACCCAAUGAGCUAGAACCGGGCCCUUUGCCUGCAGAUAACUGGACUAUUUUCUUAUCUAACCACAGCACCUAUGAGCCGGUUUUGUUAGCAAGCCCCAGACCAACAGAACUGAAUCAACUUCCAACACAUUCUCACCAACAGAGGGCGCUGCUGGCUACGGUCAUACAGGACCUGGGCCUUCAUGAUGGGAUACAACGGGUGUUCUUUGGUGGAAGCUUGUCUUUCUGGCUGCACAAGCUGCUGUUUGUGGAUGCUGUUGGGUAUUUAACCGGCAGGCGGCUGAGUUUGUCAUUGGACAGAUUUUUGCUGGUGGACGUGGAUGAUAUCUUUGUUGGGAAGGAGGGGACGCGCAUGAAAGUGCCAGAUGUGGAGGAGCUACUUCACACACAGAACAAACUCCGUUCUCUGGUUCCCAAUUUCACCUUCAACCUGGGAUUCUCCGGAAAGUUUUUCCACACAGGUACCGAUGAGGAAGACGAAGGAGACGACACUCUGCUCAGACACAGGCAGGACUUCUGGUGGUUUCCUCACAUGUGGAGUCACAUGCAGCCUCACCUCUUCCACAACGUCAGCGUGCUGGCAGAACAGAUGAGACUCAACAAACAGUUUGCACAUGAACAUGGGAUCCCCACCGACAUGGGUUACGCUGUAGCCCCCCAUCACUCGGGUGUUUAUCCUGUUCAUAGUCAGCUAUAUGAGGCUUGGAAGAGCGUGUGGGGCAUCAGGGUGACCAGCACCGAAGAAUAUCCUCAUCUCAGACCCGCUCGCUACCGCAGAGGCUUCAUACACAAUGACAUACAGGUUCUUCCUCGGCAGACGUGUGGGCUGUUCACGCACACCAUCUUCUAUAAAGAUUACCCAGGAGGCCCUCAGGAGCUGGACAAAAGCAUCCGGGGUGGAGAGCUGUUUCUUACUGUGCUUCUUAAUCCGGUCAGCAUAUUCAUGACUCACCUGUCAAACUACGGCAAUGACCGGCUGGGCCUGUACACCUUUGAGUCGUUGGUGAGGUUUGUGCAAUGCUGGACUCACCUGCGCCUGCAGACGCUGCCGCCCGUCCGACUCGCUCAAAAAUACUUCCAGAUUUUCCCUGACGAGAGAGACCCCUUGUGGCAGAAUCCAUGUCAUGACAAGAGACACAAAGACAUUUGGUCCAAGGAGAAGACCUGUGACAGACUGCCAAAGUUUUUAGUGAUUGGCCCUCAGAAGACAGGAAGUACUGCACUCCACUCCUUUCUCACCCUCCACCCUGCCAUUACCAGCAGUUUUCCCAGCACGGUUACCUUUGAAGAGGUGCAGUUCUUCAGCGGACCAAACUACCAGCGUGGCAUUGACUGGUAUAUGGAUUUUUUCCCCGUCCCCUCUAAUGCCAGUACAGACUUCCUGUUUGAGAAAAGCGCAAAUUACUUUGACACCGAGACUGUACCUAAGAGAGCAGCCGCCCUGUUGCCAAGAGCCAAAAUCAUCACUAUACUCAUAAACCCCGCUGACCGGGCACACUCAUGGUACCAGCAUCAGAGGGCUCAUCAGGACCCUGUGACUCUAAACUAUACAUUUCAUGAGGUGAUCACUGCAGGUCCCUCAUCACCCGCCGCUCUACUGUCGCUGCAUCGCCGCUGUCUGCAGCCCGGGGCUUACAGCAGCCAUCUGGAGCGCUGGCUACACCAUUACCAGCCCAGUCAGCUGCUGAUGGUGGACGGCGUGCAGUUACGCUCCAGUCCUGCUCAUGUCAUGGAUGGGAUCCAGAAGUUCCUGGGAGUCACGCCGUAUUACAACUACACUCAAGCUCUGAUGUUUGAUGAGAGUAAAGGUUUCUGGUGUCAGAAAGUGGAGGCGGGCCGCUCUCGCUGUCUGGGAAAAAGUAAAGGAAGAAAAUAUCCAGAAAUGAACCCCGAGUCGAGGUUGUUUCUGUCCGAGUAUUACCGCGAGCACAACGUGGAGUUGCUCAGACUGUUGAAACGUCUCGGGCAGCCGCUGCCCGUCUGGCUCAGAGACGAGCUGCACAAUGCGAGCUGGAGCUGAUGAGAACCUACAAGAGGAGAAGUACGCUGGAACCCAGCUCCACGCUGGAGAACUUGAGGCCUGUGAUUGCGGCAAGAGCGAGAACAGAAUAACUGAACCUCUCGCCCUAAAUACGCCGCACCGGCUCGGAAAUACGGGCCAAUCACGCUCAGUCCACAGAAGAUCAAACCAAGCCCUCGGUGAUGAGGUCGACCUCUUGUAGUGGACAUUCGUGGAAUCAUGGAAGUAAAUGGGGUCUGUUUUAAAACACAAAUAGUCCUCUGAGACAUGGCACAAACCUCCAGGACAUUAUGAACAUUCAGUGGACAUGUCUAUGAAAGAGAGUCUGGCAGAGAUUUAUUUAAAUUUUAUUCUUAAAAGUGUUGAAUUCUGCCAAGCAGAAGUAUUUAAAUGUGUCUUACCAUUUUUGCUGCCUUUAUCUUUAAGAACUGUGCUGUUUAAAUUAUUUCUGUUUGAAAUGUCAACAUUGUACAGGCCAAGAAUCACAUGUAAAAUUUUAUUUUUAAUGAAUUAAGCAAAUGUUUUUCUUUUAAAGAAAUGUCUAAUUUAUUUAAGCGCUGACCAAAUUUAGUGAUACAACCAUGCAAAGACUGGUAAGCACUAUCAUCGGUAUCUUUACACAAACAUGUGGUCAUAAAUUAGAGCAACGUCACAAAAGCUAUCCCAGAAUUCAUUUUGAUUAGCAUCCUGUCUAGAAGGUAACUCACUAUCUUUUGAAACAGAACUAAUAUUUGUGCAGUCUGAAAAAUUUGUUUAUCUGUGCCAAACCAAAUUGCACAUAAUAAUCGAAUCCAAUGUUUCGAUCAAAAUCGCCAUAUGCCGCAGACUUAAAUUGCCAAUGAGUGAAUGUGCUUUGUGUGUGUGUAACAGUUUGUUUAAAAGAAGUCUCAACUUGAUUUCACAAUAAUGUGAUCUCAAAUAUGGACUGGAGUUCAUCUUGCUAAAUAAAGGCACAAAAUGAAGAACUGAAUUUGCGGUUCCUUAUUUUAAAGUUUAAAGGAAGGUGAACUGGAAUCUUAUCUCCUCCUGCAAAAUGUUUUAUCAGAUGAAAAGACGAGUAGAACAUUGGGAGAGACCGAAAGAGAGAGAGAGAGAGAGAGAGAUGGAGAGAGUUUGAUUAAUCAUCACACUGAAACAAGAGACUCGGCCUCAUUUCCAGAGCUCUGAGGGACCUGCCGGUCAGCUUCACGAAACAAAGCUCUUAAGACUCGCUGAGGUCCACUGGGAGCCACUACAGUACAUUCUGUGCUUAAGGGAAGAGGGGCAAGAAUAAAAAUGAUAUCCGCAGUCAGACGCAUACAGUAUUCACAUUAAAGAAAAUGCAGUUUAUUAUAUAAACUAGGGGAUCAGUAUUAGCUCGUUUUCUUCACAUUGUAGUAAUAAAGGCUGUCUACAUUUUAAUAAAGGCACAAAGUUUCCUGUUUAAC